GUCCAUAAGGGCCCCUCGCCCAUAGGAACCCGGUGCUUGGGAGUUGUUGGGACCCGGUUAGUGUUGGUACCGUAGAGGUGGAGGACGGUGACAGGGGAUCACAGAGCGAGAGCCCCCCGCCUUGUGCAACACAUCUCCUACUCUGCGGUAAAGAUGGCGGCGUCAGAGGGGGCGCGCAGCGGCCGGACAACGGCAAAACGUUUCUGAAAACGUCCAGAUUUGACCGACUCUCGCUUGUCGUGCACCGCCAGUUUCUUCUCGGAUACCACCUGUGUCACCGGAGUAGAGACAAUCGCUGUCACACGCCGGCGUUGCGAUUUUAUUGUUUAAGGCAGGGUGGGUGGGUUUCACUUGAUAUAGCUGCUAACGGUAUAGCUAACGGCUAGCCAAGCGAGCUAACACGGGCUCGUUAACGUUAGCUCAGUGAAGAAAAGGAGGGGAGGGGGGGUUGAGGAAGACUAUUCGGGCCAGGCUGCUCCAGCUUGGGGGGAAUGUGAGCCAAGCAGAGGUGCGCAGGGGGGUUUGCUCGCUUCGUCCCAAACGUCCUUUACACCAAACUACCGGGAUGGGACAGCAGGUAGGCCGCGUCGGUGAGGGCACAUCGACCGGGAUCCAGCCACCACAGCCCCACGCGUCCCAACCGCACCAAGGGAAGGGGAACCGGGGAAGCGGCGCCGGGAGAAGACCCCGGGAACCCGGCAGUAGCACCGGGACACCGCCAGGCAGGACAGCUGCGGUCAACGUGCCCGAUCCAACGAUUAACAUAUUCACGCAGCAUUCAGAAGCUCUCCACCGGCCGUUCGGACUGGACUCGGCGGCGCUAACAGAGGCGGUGCGCUGGAGCUCUAAGGAGAACCUUCUGGGGGCGGCCGAGAGCGACCCCAACCUCUUCGUUGCACUUUAUGACUUUGUCGCCAGCGGAGACAACACGCUCAGCAUCACUAAAGGUGAAAAGCUGCGUGUGCUGGGCUACAACCAGAAUGGUGAAUGGAGUGAAGUGCGCUCUAAGAACGGCCAGGGUUGGGUGCCCUCCAACUACAUCACGCCAGUCAACAGUCUAGAGAAGCAUAGCUGGUAUCAUGGGCCUGUGUCCCGCAGCGCCGCCGAGUACCUGCUCUCAUCCCUCAUCAAUGGCAGUUUCUUGGUACGGGAAAGCGAGAGCAGCCCUGGACAACUGUCCAUUUCUCUCCGCUAUGAGGGGAGAGUCUACCACUACCGGAUCAACACAGCUUCUGAUGGAAAGGUGUAUGUGACGUCUGAGAGCCGUUUUGCCACCUUGGCCGAGCUGGUCCACCACCACUCCACUGUAGCCGAUGGCCUGGUCACCACACUGCACUACCCAGCACCUAAAUGUAACAAGCCCACGGUGUAUGGUGUGUCACCCAUCCAUGACAAGUGGGAGAUGGAGCGCACCGACAUAACCAUGAAGCACAAGCUGGGAGGAGGCCAGUACGGGGAGGUGUACGUGGGAGUGUGGAAAAAGUACAACCUCACGGUGGCUGUCAAAACACUCAAGGAGGACACCAUGGAAGUUGAAGAAUUUCUGAAAGAGGCAGCCGUUAUGAAGGAGGUUAAGCAUCCAAACCUCGUUCAACUACUAGGUGUGUGUACAUUGGAGCCUCCGUUCUACAUCGUGACAGAGUACAUGCCACAUGGAAACCUACUGGACUACUUGAGAGACUGUGACAAGGAGGAGGUGAAUGCUGUGGUACUGCUCUACAUGGCCACGCAGAUCUCCUCUGCUAUGGAAUACUUAGAGAAGAAGAACUUCAUACACAGGGAUCUCGCAGCGAGGAACUGCCUGGUCGGGGAGAAUCAUGUUGUAAAGGUUGCAGACUUUGGUCUGAGCAGGUUGAUGACUGGUGACACCUACACUGCCCAUGCUGGGGCCAAGUUCCCCAUCAAGUGGACUGCACCAGAGAGCCUUGCAUACAACACCUUCUCCAUCAAGUCUGAUGUCUGGGCAUUUGGGGUGCUGCUGUGGGAAAUUGCCACCUAUGGCAUGUCUCCAUACCCAGGCAUUGAUUUGUCUCAGGUCUACGACCUCCUGGAAAAGGGCUACCGCAUGGAACAGCCUGAGGGAUGCCCACCAAAGGUCUAUGAACUCAUGAGGGCAUGCUGGCAGUGGAGCCCAUUAGACCGGCCUUCAUUUGCAGAAAUCCAUCAAGCCUUCGAAACAAUGUUUCAUGACUCCAGCAUCUCUGAAGAGGUAGCAGAGGAGCUCUGUAAGACGGCAUCCUCUGGUCACUGUGGACCACUGCACUCUUUCAGUCACGACAUGCCCCUGUUGCCUUCCAAAUCUCGCACACUCCACAAGCACACAGAAAACAAGGAAAACAUCGAAGGUGGACUUGACGGGCGACCUGACCACAGCACGCACGGUCACUCAGGCUGGGCUUCUACUUUGCUAGGAGGAGAGGGCCGCUCGGGUAGCUCCCCAGCUCUGCCCAGAAAGCAGCAGCCACGAGAUAAAUCCCCCAGCAGCCUUUUAGAGGAUGCACAGGAUGUGGGCACAUUUACACGAGACCGCAAAACUGGCUUCUUCAGCUCCUUCAUAAAGAAGAAGUCUUCUUCCUCUUCCUCCUCACCAUCCUCUCAGCACCAACAGAACCUCCCAACGCCACCCAAGAGGAGCAGUUCCUUCCGAGAGAUGGAGACACAACCUCACAAGAAAUACGAGCCCACUGCUGACUUCAGCGCUCCUCCUCCGCUGCCCCAGUCAGACAGUUUGGGGGGCUUUUCUGCCUCUCCAUCCCAUUCACACGGGGAACCCACCCAGGGUCAGUCGCGCUGCUGUGGGGCCACUUUCGGACAGAAAGCCUCUGGGGGGGGCCUUGGAUCACAGGUCACAAGUGGUAGCAGUUGGGGAGGGCUUGCAGGCUUUUUUACCCCUAGACUCAUUAAAAAAACCCUGGGGCUACGGACAGGAAAGACUACCUGCUCAGAGGAAGGUGGAAGUAUGAUUGGGGGGCUUAAACCCUUCCCUAGGUCCAAUUCUACCUCCUCGAUGUCAGCUGGGCUGCCAGACCUGGAGCGUAUGGCUCUGACUUUACCGAGGAACCGCAGUGCUAAACCCCCUCUGGAGAGAACUGCCUCCACAACCUCCCAGCCAGAGAAUGGGGCCGCACGGCCCUCUGAAACUCUGCUGAGGAGGAUGGACGAGGGAACCGCACAGAUCAGGGAAAGGCCCAAAGCCAAGCUACUACCCCGGAGCACUGUAGGGGUGAGGGCACCAGGGGUUGGGGGGGAGGUGGGAGAAUCGGACAGUCUGUCCCGGGUCAGGGAGGGUAGAGAGGAGAGUGGGGGAGCACUGGACAGGCAGCAGAGCUGGUCAUCCCCCUCUAAGACUUCUAGUUCCAGUGCUACGGCAGGUGCACCGACUCACAACCACAAAGUUCCAGUCCUGAUCUCCCCCACACUCAAGCACAGCCCAGCUGACGUGCACCUAGUCGGGCUAGACUCUCAGGGGAACCGCUUCAAAUUGCUGUCUGAGCACCAAGCAGACCGAGACAGGCCGCGACUUGUAAAACCCAAGUGUGCUCCUCCUCCCCCUCCCACCCUGCGCAGCCUGCAACACUCCUACAGUGGUGACGGAGAGGAGCAGGUAGGAGGAGCACCAGUUGAAGUGAAUGGAGACACGUUAAAAGGUCACAGGUCAGGACGAUUGUCAGGAGGAGUGACGACGGGUAGACCGUCAGUGCCACCACCACAAGUGCCUCCUGCGUCUUCCUCCUCCUUUUCCUCAUCUUUCUCUGCCACCAACAACACGACUCCCGCCAAAAUGGCCAACGGAGCCACCACCGCUGCCCCCUCCUCACACUCAGCACCAUCUACUGGUUCCAAAGUGGCACUGCGGCGAACCAGGCAGCAGGCGGAGAGGGUGCCCCUGGAGCGGGUUAGCCGUGAGGCCCUACUGGAGUGCGCUGAGUGCCUGAGCAGCGCCCUCCAUGCCAGCUCCGAAAGCCCAUCCAGCAGCCAAGUGCUGGACGCCGGCCACCAGCUGCUAGACUACUGCUCAGGUUAUGUGGACUGCAUCCCUCAGAUGAGGAACAAAUUUGCCUUCCGAGAGGCAGUGGGGAAGCUGGAGCUCAGCCUACAGGAACUGAGGGCCUCGUCCUCAGGAGGUGGAGGGCUGAGCAGUGUGGGGCCCAACACUGUACUGGACAACCUGCACAGCUGUAUUAAAGAGAUUAGUGACGUAGUACAGAGGUAGCCACUGUGACAACACCACCCGUCACCCCCAACUCCCCAACAGACAGCUUAUUCUCUUGCUUUUUUCUGGUUCCAUUGACGGCUUUUUGGGGGACAAAAUAAGACUAAAGUACCUCAGAAAAAUCACUACAAAAUGUAAUCUUUUUAUUGUUUACAAACAACAGUUUCAUAAAAUGCCAGUGUGGACACUAAUUUUGCUCUGACCUGUACAUAUUGAGAAAUGUUCAUACCAAACUAAAUGUGGUUUAAGUCACAACAUGAAAUGUUUUUGCCCCAAGUCUCCACCUGGCCGUGAUAAAGGCCUCUUUGUUAAAUGAAUGUCGAGCGUAUCAGCUGUGUGUAGCCGGCCCAGAGGGUAGGUAACAUCUAAACUCACUCUGCUUAUCUGUCAGUCUGUCACAUACUGAGCGAGAAUGAUGGUGGUUGUGCCCAGCCUAACUGAGAAUACUAGACAACUGUUUUCCCUGACAAGCUCGAGCAGUGUUUCACAAAUGUGUGAAUCAUCAGUUGGGUAUACUGUGUUACACAGUAGAGUAUUUAGCUCAGUGUCUGGGGAACUGAGUGACCAUAAGCCAUUUUUUAAAAGCCAUUGUAGGAGUGGAAACAGCAUCAAUAUCAGGAUUUGAUACAAUUCAAGGUUUUGGGGUCUCAAUAAGACACAUGUGCAAGAUCUUUUUUUACUGUUUUAAUUUGAUAGAUUGCAACUGACAGUUUUUUCAGUAGAGGGACAUAUUUGCAACCUCUAAAGAUCCCCAAAACUGCUUUUCUUAUCGGAUCAAAGCUUCUUUUUUUUUCUUACUUUUUUUUUUUAAGAGAAUAGACUUUAUAGAAUAAUCAGUUGUUUUGACAUUGACAUUCCCACAUCACCCUACAAGGUGAGACCAUUGAGAAAGAUUGAAGGGAUCACUAAUAGCAUUGAAACUUUCAUUUGACAAGCAUGUAAAUAAGCUCAAAUGAAACCAAAUACAGCUUAUCAAAUCUAAAUCUAAAAAAAAAUACAUUUUGUUUAUUUCCUCACUAUACUAAAACUGAAUGAAUGUGGGGCGUCUUAUUAUAUGCACAGCAUUUGUCUCUGCUUCAGUGACAUGACUGGUGUUCACACCACAACACAGUGCCACAUAAAUGGGGAAAAUCCCCAGUCCCCUUAAGCAUUUCAAUAUUUAUGUCCAGUUAUCCUUGCACACUACAUUUCUUCGUAGGAGCAGAAAAGAACAGAGUGAGGAGGGAGAGCACAGGGUAGCGCAUGAGCAGGUGAAUUGGGACAGUAUUUCUAUAAAUGUCCUUCCGAGUAUGGACAGUGCUGGAUUCCCUGUAGCCUUGUCGUGGCCUCAGUGCCUCAAAAUUCUUCAAUGUAUGAACACUGCGGAACGCAGAGACCUACUUACACUAAUCACACACAGUACAGAUCUCUCAACAAACAAAACUGCAGUAUGUCUUCAGCACAUGAGCGAUUUGUACAUUAUUUGAUUAAAAGAAAAAUGCUUUUUAGAAUGUCUAUGUAUGAACUUGAAUUUUAAAUUAUUCUUGAUUUUGUUUUUGUUUUUUAUUAAAAGCACAGACCUAUUUUGAGAGACAAGUUAUGUAAAUAUUUGUUUUAUUUCAUAUCCAGAAAACAAAAGAUUUAUGUGUAAUCACAGCAUAAAGAGCAAUGUUUUUGACUGAAGAGAUGCAAGACUGAGGCCCAUCCACCCAGAUCUGAAUAUCUGCUAUAUGAAUGUAUUACUCUUCAGUUCUGAACCUGGUCGAAUGUUAAUCUGCAUGAAUCUCUAAUCUCUUAAAAUGCCAUUUUUUAAUUUAUUAUGAUUUUCUUUUUUUCUUUUUCUUUUUAACAAUUUAUUGGCCCAUAAUUUUAAUUUUGGUCACACUAUAGAAUUAUUUCCAGGAACUGCUGCUCUGUUUUUUUGAGCACAAACUAAACUGUACAGCGCCAGAAAUACGUAUGCACACUCACAGAAAUCUGUAUUUUCUUUGUUUGCUUUGGCUCACAUCUUAAUGUACACUGGAUAAGGCCUCAGACACAUUGGUUCAUUGACACAUAUUGCAUCUGAAUACUACAAUACUACAAAAUCAAUACACUUCCAUCUGUAAACACUGCAGGUCCAUAACACUUUCAAAAUGAGCGAUUGCCAAGUAAAGGUUUUUAUCAAUUUGUAUUGUGGUGCAUUUCUUAUCAACAUUUCAUGUGAAAAUGUCCCAUUUCUUGCCAAACAGGAUGUUAUGAGACAAACUGAUGGUUCAUUUCUAUUCACUGUGAGUAUCAAGUAACACAGGCAAAAAAAAUGUUUGUUUGGGUUUUUUUUUUAUUUUCAUGAUUCUUGGUGCCUUUUUGUGAACAAAUAAUUUAUGUACAGUUCACUAUCACUGCAAGAAUUCACAGGUAUGGCAGUGCGUUAUCGAUCCUUUGCCAUGAGACUGUGAGGUCACAGCGUGCAUUUCUGCCAUUUGGAGGUUAAUGGUCAGAUGCAAACUUGAAACCGAAAGGUGCACUUUGUCCAUUAAAAUUAUGGAUUUGGAUACUUGGUAAUAACGGUUGUUUAUUUGUGGCCAUUGACACUGUUAGUGCAGCCACACUUCUAAAUGACACAUAAGAGUCUGCUGCACUAAACCUGAGCUGCUCUGUUGUCUCAUAAUCGUCACAUCUUAAGUUUCAUCUUAAAGUUUUCACUGUAUUCUUCAUUGUUGCCUAGUAGCAGUUUGGCCUCUCUGCCUGUUGAUUCCUCUUAACUUUUAGUGUAUCUCUGUGGAACAAUACUUGUGUAAAAAUACUUCAAGCCUUAUCAAAGUGUGAAAGAAAAAAUUUAACCUUCCAAAAAAAAAACAUGUUUGCAGUGUGGACUGCUUUUUAAGAAAUCAAACAUUUCAUUCAAUCAUUGAUUACACUGUCAGUGAAUGCAUUUGGUACCAAUGUUUUUGCCUCAAAUCUGAUAUUUGAACCAAUGCCACAGCAUUUCUGCUCAUUCUCAUCUUCAGUCUUCUGCAUUGUCUUUAUUUAUGUCGCCUGCAUUUAUCCUGUAUAUCUGUUUUCUUGUUUGUUUGUUUUUUUCUCCUGUCUUCCUGUUUUGGAGAACAGCUCUGGAGAAUGUGUGUACACAUCAUUAUACCAAAGGCCACUUCAGUUGUACGAGUGCAAUGAAAACCAACACACACAGACACACCAUAACGGAAUAUGUGAAUCUAAACAGGGAUGAAAAAUGGCAGAUGUUAACAUUAACUUUUUUAUUGUACAAAAUAUAUAUUUUGUGUUUUGUUUUUGUUUGUUUUUUUUUAUUUAAAGCUCACAUUAUAUAUUACUGUGAAGUUCUGCUUAUCAGUGUUAAGCCUAUUGUAAAUAAUAAAGAUAUUGA